AUGGCUUCUUCAUUAGAUCAACUCAAGGCCUCUGGCACAACUGUCGUCUGUGACUCCGGCGACUUUGCUACCAUUGAGAAGUACAAGCCACAGGAUGCCACUACAAACCCAUCCCUUAUCUUGGCCGCUGCUAAGAAGCCCGAGUACGCCAAGUUGAUCGAUGCCGCUGUUGAGUACGGCAAGCAGAAUGGUUCCACCAUCGACGAACAAGUCGAUGCUUCCCUCGACCGUCUCCUCGUCGAAUUCGGCAAAGAAAUCCUCAAGAUCGUCCCAGGCCGUGUCUCCACCGAAGUCGACGCCAGCUUCUCCUUCGACAAGCAAGCUUCGAUCAACAAGGCCUUGAGCAUCAUCAAGCUCUAUGAGUCCGUUGGUAUCUCCAAGGACCGUAUCCUCAUCAAGAUCGCCAGUACCUGGGAGGGUAUCCAAGCCGCCAAGGAAUUACAAGCACGGGGUAUCAACUGCAACUUGACACUAUUGUUCAGCUUGCCCCAGGCCAUUGCUGCCGCUGAGGCCGGUGCUUUCCUCAUCUCUCCAUUUGUUGGCAGAAUCUUGGAUUGGUUCAAGGCUGCUACUGGAAAGACCUACUCCGGUGCUGAGGACCCUGGUGUCAAGAGCGUCGAGAGCAUCUUCAACUACUACAAGAAGUUCGGAUAUAACACCAUUGUUAUGGGAGCCAGCUUCAGAAAUACCGGAGAGAUCGUUGAGCUCGCUGGAUGUGAUUACUUGACUAUCUCCCCCAACUUGUUGGAGGAGCUUUACAACAGCACAAACGCUGUUCCAAAGAAGUUGGAUGCUGCUAGUGCAUCCACCCUCGACAUUGAGAAGAAGUCCUACAUCAAUGACGAGGCUACUUUCCGCUACGAUUUCAACGAAGACCAGAUGGCCGUUGAGAAGUUGAGCGACGGUAUCAGGAAGUUCGCCGCCGAUGCUGUUACCCUCAAGGGAAUCUUGAAGACCAAGUUGUCUGCUUAA